UUUUCAUAUAUACAUUCCUAGGUAUGGAAGCAGUGCAUCAUGGCUUCCUGAAGCCCAAGUCUGAACGCGUAAUGACGGCAAAGUGACUAGCAUUCGGGUCAGAUCAAGAUUCUAGCAUAGUAACCCUAUCAGGAGAGAAGAUUUGCUGCUUAUAGCCCUGUCACUGAAGUUGGCACCUUGGGCACUUAAUAUCUUCAUUUUCAAACUCUGCCUGGAAAGAUCCUCCAGAUAUCGGUACUCGAUGCUCUAUGAUAUCCAACAGCCGACAGUCAACAAUAGUCCAAUCAUUAACGGACGAGUACAUGCGGCCAUCACAAAUUUGGCAGGCCUCCUCGCCGACAGCCAGGCUCAUACUUGCCCCUCCAACUCUGAGGUCCGAGGUCCAAGGAAAUUGAAGGUGUUCUCUAGCAUAUAUUCUACUACGCUACAGACUUUCUAG